GCUGUAGGCACCAGUAUCAGUUCAAAACAAAUCUGAUUUCGAAUAAGACACAUCUCAUCUCAUCUCUCAAUAUGAAGUGGAUUUUUCUCAAUUGCUUUAGGCCGCCAGCGGUACCAAAGGACGCUGGAGAAGCUAUAAAAGCAAAGGAGGAAAGAAAAAAGGAUAAAGAAGGAAAGAAAAAGAAACCCUGGCUGAAGAAGCUUUUUACAAAAAAAGGGAAAGGAAAAAAGGCAAUGGUGGUGGAGAGCCAGACAGUGGCGAUGGAGGAGGAUAGCCAGACAUUGGCGAUGGAGGAUAGCCAGACAUUGGCGAUGGAGGAUAGCCAGACAUUGGCGAUGGAGGAGGAUAGCCAGACAUUGGCGAUGGAGGAGGAUAGCCAGACAUUGGCGAUGGAGGACAGCCAGACAUUGGCGAUGGAGGACAGCCAGACAGUGGAGGUGGAGGAGGAAAGCCAGACAGUGGAGGUGGAGGAGGAAAGCCAGACAGUGGCAGUGAAGGAGGAGAGCCAGGCAAAGGUGGAGAAGGAGGAGAGCCAGGCAAAGGUGGAGAAGGAGAAGUACAAGGCAAUGGAGGAGGAGGAGAAGUACAAGGCAAUGGAGGAGGAGGAGAAGUACAAGGCAAUGGAGGAGGAGGAGAAGUACAAGGCAAUGGAGGAGGAGGAGAAGUACAAGGCAAUGGAGGAGGAGGAGUACAAGGCAAUGGAGGAGGAGGAGUACAAGGCAAUGGAGGAGGAGGAGUACAAGGCAAUGGAGGAGGAGGAGUACAAGGCAAUGGUGAAGGAGGAGUACAAGGCAAUGGUGGAGGAGGAGUACAAGGCAAUGGUGAAGGAGACAUACAAGGCAAUGGUGAAGGAGGAGUACAAGGCAAUGGAGGAGGAGGAGUACAAGGCAAUGGAGGAGGAGGAGUACAAGGCAAUGGUGGAGGAGGAGUAUAAGGCAAUACUGGAGGAGGAGUACAAGGCAAUGGUGGAGGAGGGGUACAAGACAAUGGUGGAGGAGGAGUACAAGGCAAUGGUGAAGGAGACGUACAAGGCAAUGGUGGAGGAGGAGUACAAGGCAAUGGUGAAGGAGAAGUACAAGGCAAUGGUGGAGGAGUACAAGGCAAUGGUGGAGAAGAGCAAGGCCAGUAGUGGAUGAGACAGUCAGUGUUCUAUGUUCAAUCAGUACUACUUAAAAAUGUAAAUACUUGUAAAUAAAGCAUUAAAAACGAAAAA